CGAAUUUUCUGUGUAAUACAUUUCACAAAAUGUCGAACUUUGUUUGUGCAUUGGUAGCAGUUUUCUGUAUUGGUGAUAUUGUUAAAGGUGCAAUGCUGGCAAAUGCAAAAGAAUACCAUUCAAAAGAUGAUCUCUCCACAGUCAACUACAACAUAAAUCACACCUUGAAAUAUGUUCAUGAAAAUGUAACAUUGAAGGCACAAAUUGAAACUAUGAAAGAACAAAUAGCAACCCUUCAAAUAUAUAAGAAAAAAUUAGAAAUACAAAAAUAUCACCUCCAAGUAUUUAAGAUAACCCUUAAAUCGAAAAUAAAUGUGACGCAAUCACAAACGUAUAAAUUAGUUAGGUUGCAGAAACAAAUUGAGAAGACUGAAUUUAAAAUGGUUGAUAUUUCGUCAAAAAUGAAAAAACUGGAAGCACAAAUGGCAGCAAUACAAAUGGAGUUAAAAAGUCUUCACAAAAGCUUAAAAGCGCUUUAUAUAGAAAAUAGACAGCUUACAGGAAGACACAUAAGCGGAAAGGACUGUGCAGAUCUGUACAAAAAAGGUGGAAGAGGAAAUGGAGUCUAUCAAAUUGAUCCUGAUGGACAGGGAUAUUUCAAUGUUUUCUGUGACAUGACUUCGUCUAGUGGUGGUUGGACUGUGUUUCAACGACGUCAAGAUGGAAGUGUAAACUUCUAUCGCGGUUGGAAGGACUACAAACAAGGAUUUGGUAAUCUUAAAACUGAAUUCUGGCUUGGUUUGGAUAAAAUACACCGACUAACGUCUGCAAGACGAAAUAAACUUCGUAUUGACAUGGGAGACACAUCGGAAAACAAAAAAUAUGCUGAAUUUGAUUAUUUUGCUGUAAAGAGCGAAAAAGAUAAAUAUAAACUGAGUCUCGGAAAAUACUCAGGUAAGGCAAUAAAGCUACGGGUACACCAUUGAUUUUGCACAACUGCUAAAUGCAUCAAAUUUCACAUCAUUACCAGCACCAGCCUAGUGGCUAAGCGUUUAAAAUAUUUUUGACCACUAUAUUG